UCCUCAUUCUGCUAAUCUCUCAAGAGACCCGCCAUUUGGGAAAUUGAACAAGUAUAAAAUCCAAAUUGGGGAUGUUUGGGAUUGGUCAGGUGAAUACAAAGAAUCCAAAACUUUAAAGCUCAAGCUAGAUUCAGGCAAUCUUCUUGAAAAUUGGGUGCAGAGAUGUUUGAGGAUAACACAAGAUCUCCACUUGGAUGGAUUGCAAGGUGGCAACGAUACAAUUCACGAUUUGUGCGUCAAAGGUUUCCAAGAAUUGAAGUAUCUUCACGUUCAAAAUAGCCCAUCAGUUCAAUAUAUUGUUCACUCAACAGAGAAUGUCCAGUGCACUGCAUUUACGAAAUUGGAAUCGUUGUUUCUCGAGAAUUUGAACAAACUGGAAAAGAUUUGUCGAGGCUGUCUCGCCUCAGAAUCCUUAAGCAAAUUAAAGAUUGUGAAAUUGGACAAUUGUAGUGAAAUCAAACAUUUGUUUACAUUUCCCAUGACGAGGAUAUUCUUGCAACUCGAAGAGAUUGAAAUAAGCAGAUGCCACUUAAUGCAGCUAAUUGUUGCGGAUGCCGAGGCAGAUGAAGACAAAAUUGAAAUAAAUGAUGAUCCCACAGUGAAUUCAUGCAAUUUGCGUAGGCUGACAUUAUGCAACUUGCCAAAGAUGGCGAACUUCCAUGAAACUGUGGAUCAUUCAAUCGUAUUUUUUGAUGCGCACCAGGUUUCAUUGCCAUGGUUGGAGUCCUUGACACUAUUUGAACUGCCCAAAUUGAAAGAGAUAUGGAACUCUCAAUUUUUAUCAAAUGUGAGCAAUCUAAAAUUUCUAAAAGUAGAGGAUUGCAUGUUUCUCUUGAGCAUCAUCCCCUCAAGUUUGCUAAUAAAGUUACGGAAUUUGGAAACCAUAACCAUUGAGAGAUGUCAGCUAAUACGAGAAGUAUUUGACCUUGAAGGAUUGACAAUCAAUGGAAAUGUUGAGAUUCUAUCACGAUUGACCAAAUUAACCUUGAGUGACUUACCAAGUUUGGGACACAUAUGGAACAAGAAUCCAAGGAGAGCAUUGUGUUUCCGAAACUUAAGAGCACUGAAAGUGCAAAACUGUGGGAACCUGAGGUUUCUUUUUUCUUCUUCCAUGGCUAAAGCACUUGGGCAAAUGAAAGAAAUAGAAGUAGUGAGAUUUAAACUCAUUGAGGAAAUUAUGGAGCAAGAAGAAGAAUCGGAGAAAGCUACAACCACGGACGCUUUAGUGUUCCCUCUAUUAACCUCCUUGUCUCUUGAGGAAUUACCAAGUCUCAAUGAUAUUCUCUAAUGGAAAGUACUAUAUUCACUUUCCAUCCUUAACAAGACUGAGAAUAUCUGGAUGCCCCAAAAUGAUGACUUUUUCUUCAUUAGAAGGAAAGCAACAGUCAAUGACAACUGAUACAAGUUUACAACAAGCAUUUGGUUGUACCAACUUUGGCUUGUCCUUGCCUGUCUUCUUCAAUCAAAAUGUUCAUUUUCCAAGCUUGGAAGAGUUGACGCUCCUGUCAUUGCGCGGGUUGAGGAGAAUAUGGCACAACGAAAUCCCUGAAGAAUCAUUCUGCAAACUAGCAUCCAUCUCGGUCAGAGAUUGUGAAAAUCUGUCUCAUAUUUUUCCAUUAACUUUAAUAGUGAGGCUCCAAAGCCUAAAAAUGAUUGAGGUGGUCGAGUGUACUUCUUUGGAAGCAUUAAUGGAACAUGUCUCUAUCAAUACUAAGGAAAGGCUAAAAUGUCUGACCUUCUUAGGCCUAAAAGAAGUGAAGUUGUGGCACUUGCCAAGGUUGAAUGUGAUUGUGACAAGCAGCACCAAAGCAACGUUCAGUCUUCCUAGUCUGACUGAUGUUAGCUUGCGCUGUUGCGACGAUUUGAGAUAUCUCUUCACAAAGGAUACAGCGAGAACUCUAGAUAAACUUGAGAAGCUAGAUGUUUCUCGUUGCAUUAACAUGCAGCAAAUAAUUGCAAUGGAAGAAGGUGAAGCGCAAAAGUUGAAGGCAGUGAAGUUCUCUCAUUUAUGUACAUUGAAGCUUUGUUCUCUUAAGAGCUUGACUAGUUUCAGCUCAGGAAGUGGUGCAUAUGAGUUUCCCUCCCUACGAAAUCUCUCAAUUGUGGAAUGCACUGAACUCAAGGCAUUUAUAUUGAGACCGCCAGCAACAAGUAAGGAGAUGAAUGAGCGAACUGUUGGUUUUGACAAAGCUCCAUAUUGUUUAUUUGACAAGAAGGUCAUACUUCCCAAUUUAGAAGAGCUACGCCUAACAAGAAUUGAAUCGAGAGAAUUAUGGGAGAGUGAGUCCAUUUUCUUUCACAACCUAACUUCUAUAAGAGUUGAGGAUUGCCCGUGUCUGAGAAACCUUUUUAUAAUGUCUAUGGCCAAAAGUCUGGGACAUCUCCAAUAUCUCGGUAUAGGUGGUUGUGGAGAGAUGGAGUACAUUGUUGGCAGAGAAGAGGAGAAACCUGAAGAAGCAGCCGACAAAAUUGUAAUUCCUCAACUUGUCACUCUAUAUAUUCACAACAUGCCAAAACUCAGAAGUUUCUGCCAUGAGAAGCAUAUUUCAGAAUGGCCCUCGCUGAAACAGUUAAGUAUUGAAGAUUGUAAAGCUGUGAAGGUGAUAUUAGGAGAUACAAGCUAUAGAAAACUGGGGGGCAACAUUCCAACAGCGCAAUCGCUUUUGCAAGUCGAAAAGGUUUGCACUCGUUUUUUUUAAUGACAUCUAGAAUUCUUGUCCCCGAUGGUUUAAGCUAGACAAU